CUUCCUCCUCUCCGUUCUUUGCUAGGCUGCCGGGACUGCGCACACCGCCUCCAAGCGUGCGGUAGUCAGGUUUUCCAAACCCUCUAUUACUGUCGUUUCUUGGUCUUUGUCCUCGGGCAUCCAUAGUAAUUCCACUUCCCCGGCCGCCCGUAAUCAACUCUUCCCAUGGCUGUAAAAGAUGGAGAAGGACAUUCCAGAGCAGCUGUCACCGGCACGGUGCUGUUCUAUCUGGUAGCUGCACUAGCUAUGGUCAUGGCGAAUAAAUGGGUAUUGAGCAGUACCGAAGUUCCCCUGUUCUUCCUCUUCACCCAGCUGGUCAUAGCCGUCAUUCUCUUCCUUAUAUCGCACGCGGCUGGUCUGGUCAAGGUGAAUAUGGACUUUAGCAUGCCGCGUCUGCAGGCACUAGCACCAUUAGUUGGCUUGAAUGUCAUCGGUUUGAGCUUUAGCAAUUUCACCCUCAAAUACGUUGAUGCCUCCUUCUACCAAGUCGCUCGCGGGCUCGUACUACCCUUCACUUGCCUGACUUCCUUCGUCUUUCUCCACUCGCGCCCAUCCCUGCGCAUCCUCCUCGCGUGCGGGGUUGUCACCCUCGGCUUCUUCAUCGGCGUCUUCCUCGAUGGGACGCCCGUCUCCUUCAUCGGCGUCUCCUUCGGUGUUGUGAGCUCCGCAGUGACUGCAACCCACUCGGUCGUCAUCAAGCGCACGCUGGAUGUGGUCAAGGGAAGCGCGCUUGAUCUAUCAUGGUACGGCAACUCUCUCAGCGCGAUUGCGUUGGUACCAGUUAUCAUACUCGCCGGCGAGGUGCCGGGCGUGAUGAAGCUGCUCUUUGGUCCCCCGGAAGUUACGCCAGUUGGUACAAUGACUCCGCUCGCGACGUUCCUGUGGGGCUCCGCCAUUACGGGUGUAUUUGGCUUCCUGAUGAGCAUUGCAAGCUUGCUGUCCAUCAAGGUUACGUCGCCCAUUACGCAUAUGGUCUCGUCCGCGGUUCGGGGCGUCCUCGCUACGAUGCUCGGAGCCUGGCUAUUCCACGAGAUUGUCACCACCGGCCGUGUUGCGUCGAUAGCCACUAUUCUCGGUGGCUCGAUCUGGUAUACUUGGAUCAAGCAUGUAGAGUCGCAACAAGCGCGGCCAGACCCCUCGAAGGGGCCUUACGAGAGAGUGCCCAUGGAGGAGGUGGAGGCCGGCAGGGCGAAUUCGCCUCAUGCAAAGCCCGAAUAGCCAGGCCAUCGAGGGGUAUCAGUGGACUCGUCUCAGUACCAGAAAAUGAUAAGCUUGCCGUCUGGUAGAUAGAGGGAUACUCUGGGCAACUAUAGCAUAGGAUAUCCUGGACAGCGUAAAUGACUGCAGUGUCUUUAUAGAGCGUAUAAUGAUAAUAUCCAAUAUCAAGGAAAGCUACAAAGCGGACACGGACCCCUGCUCCCGUGCACUGUCCCGGAGAACAUGUAGACUACAUUCUUGGUGACCUUCUCCAAUCAUACAACAAUCCUGGACGUUAUGAUACAGCAAACAUUAUAAUCAUGGGAGCGGGGCCGUGACAGCGGACGCCCUGCCCGCCCGCUCAAGGGCCCCGUCGACGAGUUCGUAUGCGGGCCUGUACCGCACUUGUGCCGCGCCAUUGGCCAACGUCGCG